UUCUGCCAUGGUAGAAGAGAAUUCUGCUAUCCCUUCUCUCUUCCAUUUGCUCGACCCCAUGUCACUGAUCCUUUCUCACAACUCCUUAGACUCUCACCAACCUGUCCCUCUGAAGCUCACCACAGAUAGCUACAUCAUGGAGAGAGGACCAAGAUACAGAGCAUAUGCAGAGCUACGAGAAUCAAAGCUGAGAAUGAAGACCUUAAUGCAACAAGAACGGGACGAUAGUGAAUUCAAACAAACCCCAGCAAAGAAACAAGUGAAAUUUCAAGCCAAUUUGACUAGUUCAAGAAAAGAGUCCACUAUUUUGGCUCAAUCAGUGCCUGAUUUCUCCUGUGAGUUUAGAAAAGAGAAUAGAAAACCGCCGCCAGAGUUGACACCUCCGUCGAAGAAAUGGUCCAAGGCAAAUCGGAUUUUGUCGAAUUUCAGAGGAAGUAAGUCGAGUGGUGGAGAGAAAAGGAAUGGAAAUGGCGGACUAAUGGCGAGGAAGAGCUAUGCAAGUGUCGAAGAAUUGAAAGGAUUAUCAGUGGCUGCAGCAGCUACUGCAAUAAGUAGCGAAAACAGGGGAGGAAGAGCUAGCAGAGGAACUGGCAAGACUGUGUUGGGUUACAGGUCAUUUUGAUUUGGAAUCCAUGGUAAUUCGCGAGAGAUGGGGUCAAAUUAUAAUUAUUUUUAUUUUUUAAAUCUUUCUUUUGGAUUCUUUAAUUGGUUUUGUUGUUAUGAGAGGUUUUCUUUGUCACAGCUACGAUUCUUUAGUAACUGUCUGGUGGAUUGUAAAGCUAUGGAUGUAAUCAUAUUUAACAUAUGAUUAUUUAUGGGUAAUUUAUGAUUAACUUUUUUGCGAU